UGCUGGGGUGCUGUAACAACCCGAAAGCCGUCAAUCAAUUGCGCGCUUGCCUGAAUUUCGAAUUCAUUUAUUCACCAAAAUGGAUGCAGAAUUGAACUGGGCAGCUGCAACACAAAUGUGAAAUUAAUACAGAAGGGGGCCAUGGCAGGUGGGCGCCGAAACCUGCCACGUGCACCUCUGCCCAAGACGCUGCUGCCCGCUGACAUCCGCACCAAGUCUGUGGUGGAGGAGCGGUCGUGGCAGGUCCCCUACCUGCAGCACGUGCUCAUCCCGGACAUUCCGCGCGAUGGCGAGCUCUUCUUCGAGGCGCUGAUGGUGGUGUUUGUGUGCACCGGGCUGGGCCUGCAGUACCUCAACAUGUACCGCACCAUCUGGUGGCUGCCACACUCCUACACCGCAUACGCUAUGAAUCUGUACCUGAUCGACACGGACGUGGCUGGCUUCGUGCUGACGCUGCUCUGUCGCCGCUUUGUCUGGGCCGUGCUGAAGCAUAUCAGUCUCAACUACUUGCCGAGAAAGAUCGCGCACUUCAUGUACCUAACGAGCCGGGUGCUCGUGCUGCUGAUAGUUUUCUCCCUGCUAUCCUGGUUUACGUAUCAGAUCUUCAUGAAACACCACAUCGUCCACAUUCUCUACUUGUAUUACUUGAUUGUCAUCUACUUCAUCAUAUUUGGGCCGUCCCUGGAGCCGUUUCUGGACCUGAUACCGGAGUACUCCCAGAUGCGACAGGGCACGUCAGUGAAGCCGCGCCCCAUCUACCACGCGUGCACCUCCAAUCCCGAGGGUAUUCGUCAGGAGGUGGAGGUGCUGAAGGGUGACUUCAACGCCAGGAUCAAGCAGACGCUGUUCAACGCGCUGAUGGUCGGCUACUAUGUCGGCAUAGUGCCUCUCUUCUUCGCCCAGAGCACGCUGCAGUACGACACGUUCUGGGUGACGCAGCACGCCACGUUUGUGUUCCUGUCCAGCAUGACGCUGUACGUGGUGUACUGUUUCCCGCCGCGCUACUGCGACAUCCUGCACCGGUCGGCGCUCCACCUGGGCACCUGGUCCCGCGUGGACGACCGGCGCGCGCACAUCUCCUUCAACCCGUGGAGCCGUGACCAGCUGUGGUCCAAGGGCGUCCUCACGAAGCACUGCCGCGAGUUCUACCGCUGCGACGCCAUGUCGGCCGCCGCGGAGCCGGGCAACUCGCACCACGAACGCUUCUAUAUGCUGUUCUACAACCCGUCGCUGCCGCAGUGCGUGGCACUCGGCCUGCAGGUGUGUGCCGCGCUGACGGAGACGGUGCUGCUGAUUCGCGCCGCCGAGUGGUAUCAGCUCAUCUCUGGCUCCGUCCUGCUCUUCAUCAGCUUCUACCCGCUCUUCAAGCUCUUCAGAGACUACCUGGUCCUCUGCAAGAUUUACAGUGCUGAGCGGCUCAUCCUCGAGAAGCACGCGCCGCCCAGCUGAGGCUCGUCGUGCUCUCCAUCUGCCCCUGAGCCGAGGUGAACUCGCCCGCGGUGCAGACCUCCCCUGGAGCUGUGGUGAACUCGCCCGCGGCGCAGAUCUCCCCUGGAGCUGAGAUGGACUCUCCCACGGUGCAGACUCCUGGAGCUGAAAUAAACUCGCCCGUGGCGCAGACCUCUCCUGAAGCUGAGGUAAACUCGCCCGCGGCGUGGUUGGCCGCGGGGAAGCGAGGCGGGCUGGCCCAGCGGAGCGCUGCAGGCGGGACAGAAAGGCACAGGAAGAGCCAGGCUGCGUAUCCUGGCCCUGUGACCUCACGCGUGAUGACCUGUGAUGCAGCACGUGUGCAAUGUGCUCGAUCUUGCAUUUUUGUGUUUGGCGUGCUGCUGCCAUGCCAUGUUUUGCUUAGACUGCCCGGGGGGACACAAAAAGGAUGGCUCGGUUGCCGUGGUCGGGCGGGUCUUGCACCUUUGAUGUAUCAGCGGCGUGCUGUGUCCGCGGCGGAGGUUCCGUGCUUGCUUCGUCACCAUCUGACUGAGAUUUGUAACACUCUGGCCGUCGCAGUGUGCUCUCAGGGACUCUGUGAACCGAUGCUGUCUCUGCGAUCACCGGCGGACAUUCCCGUUGGCUUACGAAUGCGGGCCAGCGGCGGGCCAAAUCAUGUGCAGAGCUGGCCCCUGACCUGCCAGCCUAAUGCCUGCCAUACGUGGUCAGAUGAGUAUUCGACGGAGCAUGUUCGGGUCACUGCUAUUGCCUCAACGUUUUACGCCGCAGGGAAACGCCACGCGAGGUGUGGUUUUGUGCGGCUGUAAAUAAAGCGCGGGCGAGAUAUACAGAUAGUUGUUAUCGUUAUCGCAUUCACUGCUCGGCAGGAAAAUCAGCUUGGUGCUGUUGAGUUUGCUGUUGUCCGUCUUGGACGGUGACUUGCUGAUGUUUCGGACAGCUGGCGAGGCGUACAGCUAGCUGGUGGUGACACCUAAGGAACCCACAUUCUUUGCAGGUGAAACCCACUGUAUUUUCAUUAUAUCAUGCAGGCCAUUUCACGCAUACAAAGUGUCAAUGAUUUUGUGUUUGGCGUGUCCUUGCCAUGCCAUUUUUGGUGAGACUGUCCGGGGGACUAAAAAGGGAUGACUCAGUUGCAUGAAUAAAGCAUAAAGGGCGUGUAUAAAAUGUCAUUGAUUUUGGAAUACAACGGAGGUUUUCCACCAAACAUGACUUUUUGUGAACGGGUGUGUCACGUGAGUGGUGCCCUUGCCGUGUUUACAAUUUCGUCGCCGUUAGAUAUUCUGAUGCUUGGAAAGUUUAUCUUGACCAGAACUUUUGUGGGAUAUGGAGUUUUCCGUUCUUUGAGGCAAGAGUUCUAUCUCUAGGGAAGACGUUGACAAUUCAGGGUUCUGUGACGGACGUUAGUUUUCACGCUCGUGAAAGUGCUGAUGCUUGAAAUUUUAUGGUACCGAUGCGUUAACAGUCCUUUGCCCUCGCUUUUAACCGUGCAGAUAACUAAAUAUUGCAAGACAAAUGUCGUUCUCGGUGUUCUCGUACCAUAAUUGACCGUACCGCGCGUUUCCGGAGAAAUCCGCACUUGUUGCUGCAUAAAUCGCCUAACCUCUACGUCAUUUGAGCAUUAGGUUGAUCUUGAAAGGUAACCUGGAUAGGUCAGGACUUUUUGACGAACGCUGGUUUUUGCGUUUGUGAAUAUUGUCUGAUGCUUGCAAUUUUGAAAUCGGCCGGCGGUUUCGUGGUGAUAUGAAGUUUCCUUUUCUUUGGUCUCGCUAAUGGCGUUGAAGGUUACAUGACAUUGCAAAAUAAGCGUUUGUCGAUGUCCCCGUGCCGUAACUGACCACGUGGCGUUUUAAGAAAAAAUGAAACUCGUCGCUCAAUAAAU